AUGCGGUCGUAUCACCCAAUUUCUAAAGACUAUGUCAAACCGAUCACUAUUGAACCAUUGACUUAUACUACAGAUUCAUUGCAAAGCAAAGUGCUGGAUCACUGUCUUGCUAACAACGUGCCUAAACUAGGGUUUAAUGAAAAGGCAAUUGUUCAAUCUAUUAACCAACUAGGUCUUUCACCAUCCAUAAUAUCAGUGUUAGGUGCAUCAAACUCCCCAUCGUUCGUUCAUUCUUCUCCAGCUGUGCUGGAAUUGAUCAAGUAUCAUUUGGUAACUAAGAGACAUGAAUUAACUAAGGAUAUCCCUCAAGAAAAUAUUGAUCGUAACAAUGGGUUACCAACAUUGGAAGAACUGUUGAUUAAACGUCUACAGAUGGAUAUCCCCAUGGGAAACCAAUUAACUGAUCUUUUUGCUCAAUUAUCAAUUCCAAGUCAAUAUUUGAUGGAUACUGCUUUGCCUGAAUUAUUUAACCUAGCAGAUGACAUGAUAUAUUUUUCAAAUGAAAAGGACCAUUUUGAUAUGGCAUGGUAUACUAAAAGAUUGGGUGUUUCAUUCACAUAUGUGACAAGCAAAUUGUUUAUGGCUCAGGAUAGAUCAGUCGACUUUUCAGAAACUAUGCAAUUUGCACAUGAUAAAUUGUAUAAUGUCAUGAAGCUUGGUGAUUACUACAACAAUGCGGAAGAAUUUGCAUGGUAUACUUUAAUGGUUUCUGCUAAUCUCAUCAAAUCCCAGCUUGUUAGAAAAUAA